AUGAAGUUCAUUGUUCCCUCUACAAUCCUUGCCCUCGCCUCUACCACUGCUGCCACGGCCGAUGCCUGGAGCAUGGCAGGGGGACCCUACUUUACUACCAAACAAGUUUAUCUUACAGAUCCAGCCGCCAUGAUGCAACGCCAACGUGCCUUGGCCAAUCGCUUCUUGGAUCGUCAUCAAAAAAUCAUGGCCUCUCCGCGCUACGAACUUGUGGACAAUGAGGAAAAGUUUCAACUCUCAGUCGACGUGCCCGGAGUCAAAAUGGAUGACAUUGACGUGAGUUUGGAAGAUGGAUAUUUGACCGUGAGCGGACAGCGUUUGUCUUCCAGUGAUGAAUCUCGCUCCACAUCAAAGUUUUCGCAGACCUUUUCGUUGGAUCCAGCAGUGGAUGUCGAUCAAUUUACCGCCAACUUGGACAAUGGGGUGCUCGUCGUGGCAGCACCCAAGGACAUCAAGCGCAUCGAAGAGAACAUCGUUCGAAUUCCAGUAAUCCAAGGCAAGAGCGGUCCACUAGAGGACAACGGGGAGGUGGAGGUGAAAAAGGCUGCCAAGGAGGAAUCACCCGAAACCUUGGAUCUUGACAAUGCAUCCGCGUAG